AUGAGUGAACACGAAAAAGAAUUUCCCUCCAAGAAUACCAAGAGCAACGAAAAAAACCAAAUAUUUACAGAUGAUAAUGAUGAUAACAUACCAGAAAACAUCAAAGAAAUCAUAAUAAAAGAUUCAAAGAUAUUACCAAAAUUUUGGAUUGAUAAAUAUAAAAAUGAAACUUGUAAAAAUUGGGAUUUAUUCUAUAGAAGAAAUACAACAAAAUUUUUUAAAAAUCGUAAUUGGAUAGGCCGUGAAUUUAUUGAAUUGAAUGAAUCUUCAUCUCAAAAGAUUGUAUUGGAAUUAGGUUGUGGCGUAGGAAAUUUUUUAUUCCCUGUACUUGAAUCAAAUUCCAAUUUAUUUAUCUAUGCUUGUGAUUUUUCUAAAAGAGCAAUUGAUUUUGUAAAGUUAAAUCAAAAAUAUGAUGAAAAACGUUGUAAAGCAUUUGUUUGUGAUUUAACAAAAGAUUCUUUAUCACAGUAUAUAAUUAAUGAUAAAAUUGAUAUUGUGUCUGCUAUAUUUGUAUUUUCUGCUAUGCCACCUGAAAAUCAUUUAAAUGUUAUAAAAAAUAUAGCUGAAGUAACAAAACCUGGUUCGGUGGUUUGUUUCCGUGAUUAUGCAUUAUACGAUGAAACUCAAUUAAAAUUUUCCAAUAGUAAAUCAAACAAAUUACAAGACAAUUUAUAUGUUAGGCAGGAUGGUACUUUAUCUUACUUUUUUAGUAAAAAGUAUUUAAAAGAAACUUUUGAAUCUAAUAGUUUAUUUAAGAAUAUUGAUAUGGAAUACGUUUAUAGAGAAACAAUUAACAGAGCAAAAAGUUUAUGUGUUGAAAGAAGAUUUUUACAAGCGAAAUUUAUUAGAUUAUAA